AUGUCAGAGAGUUGGUUGGACUCGAAAAUGGAGAACUGUGUGAACAACAGUCUCCUUUAUCACAACCCUCUCUAUCUUUCUGCUAUCCUCAUCCAAGGCGUCUCAAGCAUACUAUUCUUCCCUUCCAUCUUGGUUCUUCUCUGGAAACACCCGGAAGUGACAUCAUCUCACUUCAAUCUCAAGAUCCUCUUAUACUUGAACGGAUUCAGUUGUUUUGGUUUGGCUGUUAUCACAGUUUGGAGCGCAAUGAACUUUUUCGUUGUUUUGUUCACUCAUAACAAUGCCUGUGCCAUGCUCAUGACUACUGGUUUCUGUUCCGAGAUUCGUGCUGUGUAUCUAUUUGAUUUUUGUUUGGUAUCCGCAAGCCAUGUCGGAAUUCUCAUUGAACGAACUUGGGCCACAGUUUUUGUGAAAUCUUACGAGAAACAAGGAAAACGUUUGGGCAUAAUCUUGACGUUUGUAGCGGUGAUUACAUCUGCUGUUGCAGUUCAAAAGGCAAUUGAGAAAGAGGACAUAAAGGAACUUUUGACUACAUGCUUGACGUUUUCCGCUUCCAAAUCCAUCGGAAGUCAGAUUUAUGUCAUGUUCUGGGUGCAACUCGUUUUGGAUUCAAUUGUCACUGUGUCUCAUUACAUGCUACACAAGCAGCAAAUGAUUGUCGGCCCUCUCACGGAGCAAUUCCAACGGAAGGAGAAUGUUAAGACUCUGAAGCAAAUCACCCCAUUGCUGAUUCUCUCAAAUAUCACAAUUGUGGUGUACAUCCUUGUCAUUUCCGUUCUCCGGUUGUUCAAGAACAAGUUGCCGGCCAACUGGUACGAGGUUAUCGCUGCGCUGUUAUUUAUGAUGCCCCACAUGCCACUGAUGUUCUGUGCUCUUUUGUUCCUCUCCAUCUAUCUUCAGAAACAUCAAGCAGCGGAGAAUCAAACCAAUCUCAUGGCCAAUCACAUUCCCCUCUCGGACCAAUUCAAUGUUCCUAUUCAGGAUUGGGACGCUGCGUAUGAUGCUCGCCGCUCCUACAGGAAACAAUAA